GACGCCCUUGUUCAGCAGUUCAACUACAUCUACGGCACAGACGCGGAUGAUCUUGCCUCAUGGCGCACUUUAUGUCAGCUCGUCCACGUUUCGCCGAUUCCUGAUACCCUCAAAUCAUGCCGCGAGGCGGUUAAGGCCACUCAUGUCAAUAUUGUUGACUUGGUCGAUACGAAGGUGACCGGAACAACAGUGACAGUAUUCGUCUCAGAGGUGCAACUGAGCGAGUGCACCAUAAAAACGGGAAAGUUCUUUCCAAGAGACGAUGCAUACGCUGGUGGUCUUUUAAGGUACCUGCUCCGCCGUAUCAUAAACCCCAGAAUGGAGCAGGCGUAG